UCGAAAUGGGCUCAUCUUCUCGUUCAGCUCAGCAACUGGUGUUGCUGGGAAUCAUCCUCCUGGCCACCAACCCAUUCGGGGUCCAAGCAAGGACACUUAAGAUCCACAAGUUGGAGAAAUUGUCCCAGGAUGAAGAGUACGUGCACAGCCACCUGCGCUUUGCCGAGUUUGAGGAAAAUGUAUUGAAAGUCAGCGGAGAACUCAAUCUGCAUCAUCACCUUGACAACGAUUGGGUGAUUGAAUUUAAGGUUUCACAAGAAAAAGAUGGAAAUUAUGAGAGGCUAUUUUUGCUAGAAACAAAAGUUUGCGACUUUAUGGAGAGCUACUACAAGGAUUUCUUCUAUGAACGAAUCAAGGACUACUCAAACGCCCCGCAUCCUGGCAACUGUCCUUUGCCAAAGGAACAUUACCGUCUGGAGGACUAUCCGCUGGACGUCCAUGUGCUAAAGAAACUAAUGACUCCUGGGCAAUAUCGUAUAAAAUAUAAACUUAAAAACGAUGACAAAGUCAUACUGUCCUACAUGGCUGAAGUGGAAGUAGACUAGAAAACCCAGCCAU